GCUUCUGUCGGUUUCCAGUUCAUUCCCCAUUUCUUCCAAAAUGGAGAUUUCUCCCUGUCGACUGCUGGUGUCGCUAAGCCGCAAUUUCAAUGCUGCUCUUUUCACUGGAACCGGAUGCGAAUUGCUGUUAUUUGGCUGGCGUAACCUGCGGCUGCCGGGGCCAAAUUAUUGGACGUUGAAGGCAGCGUUCGAACGAAUCCAGGACGUCGCCUGGGUUCGUUUGAACCCAAGCGUCCUCCUGGGUUUGAACGAACCUAGGACGCCUGGGUUCGAACGAACCCAGGAAGAUGCCUGGCUUCCUGGGUUCGAACGAACCCAAGAGCAAAAAAAGGCUAGGCAAGAUGAGGAACUGGGAACUGGGAAUGGGAAGAACGGGGGCCGCUUGGGUUUGAAAGAACCCAGGACACCACCUGGGUUUGAACGAACCCAGGAGGACGAACCCAGGUGUCCUCCUGGAAGGCUAGGCAAGAUGAGGAAUUGGGAACUGGGAAUGGGAAUAACGGGGGAGAAGAGUUCAAGAUUUGCAGGAGGAAAAUGCAUGGUUGAGGUUGUUAAUCCAAUGUGUGGGAAUUAUCCUACCGAGGCUUUCCAUUCUGAAUACAGAAGUGGUGGACCAAGAGGUUUUGCAUUGAAUUCAAAGCAAAUAGUGAAUAGAUUGUUCCGUAGAGUAGAACUCCACACAGAGGAAGAGCUGAUCAAAGCAAUUGAGACUGCAACAGGACCCAAGGACUCCCUGUGCUUCAUUGAGGUGAUAGUUCAUAAGGAUGAUACCAGCAAAGAGCUUUUGGAAUGGGGCUCAAGGGUCUCUGCUGCUAAUAUCCGUCCACCCAAUCCUCAUUAGAUCAUUGUCGCUCUCUACAAUUAGUUGUCCAGUAAACUUGUUCACUCAGCAUUUUCUUUCUGAAUGUUCUGCUUAAUCUUCGGAUUUGUCACUGCAUCAAUGCAUAUUCGGAUUGAAUCGCUGAGGUUUCUUGUCCUUUAUUUUGUCCAUCAAUCAAGGACAGUUAUAAGUUUGCUUAACCGAACUUUGUUCAGAGUCUGGUGUAUUAGAUCACAUGUUAGUCAGUCCAUGUCGUAGAAGAUCUCACCAAGGUUGAACGGAGGACUUGAAUUGUGUCUU